AUGAAGAAGGAGCUAGAGUCCAUUGAGAAGAACAAUACGUGGAUCCUAACCGAGCUCCCAUCGAGUCAAAAACCCAUUGGCCUAAAAUGGGUGUACAAAUUGAAGAAAGAUUCAGAUGGACAUAUCAUCAAACACAAAGCAAGGUUGGUGGCUAAAGGUUAUGUACAAAGGCAAGGUAUCGACUUCGAUGAAGUGUUCGCUCCGAGUUUGCAAAAACUUGACACCGUUCGAGUCAUUCUUGCACUUACCGCAAAUCGGGAGCUGGAAGGAAGUAACAAUGAAGAAGUUGAGAGAUUCAAAGAGCAAAUGAUGAUGGAAUUUGAGAUGAGUGAUUUGGGACUUCUUUCCUAUUACUUGGGGAUUGAAGUAGAGCAGCAGAAGGAUCGGAUACAACUCAAACAAUCAGCUUACGCCAAGAAAGUCUUGUCUCAAUUUGAAAUGACGGAUUGCAAUGCAGCAAAGUACCCGAUGGAAACCAAGAUGCAGUUGCACAAGGACCUGGAAGGUACACCCGUUGAUUGCACAGAAUAUAGAAAAAUCAUUGGCUAUCUCAGAUAUCUCUUGCAUACAUGGCCGGACUUGUCAUAUGCCGUUGGGAUGGCGAGCAGGUAUAUGGAGAGACCUACAGUCAUACAUCACAAAGUGGUUAAGCAGAUCCUAAGAUACUUAAGGGGAACAAUUCAUUUUGGACUGGUUUAUAUGAAGGGACAUCAAGAGGUUAGCAUCUCUGGGUUCUCGGAUAGCGAUUUGGCAGGAGAUCAGGAUGGGAGAAGAAGCACAACUGGUAUGGCCUUCUAUUUCAAUGGAAAUCUGAUAUCCUGGAAUUCUCAAAAACAAAAAACAGUGGCGCUAUCAUCAUGCGAAGCUGAGUUCAUGGCGGCCACAGCAGCAGCUUGCCAGGCUCUUUGGUUGAGGAACCUUGUUGGUGAAUUAACAAGGACAGAUCUAAAGCCAGUGAUCUUGUUUGUUGAUAACAAAUCUGCCAUUGCUCUCAUGAAAAAUCCUGUAUUUCAUGGACGAAGCAAGCACAUAGAAACAAGAUUUCAUUUUAUUAGAGAGUGUGUGGAGAGAGGACAGAUUGUGGUAGAAUUUGUAAACACCGGUGAACAGCGUGCCGAUGCACUGACGAAAGCUUUGUCAGUAGUGAAGUUAGCUGCUAUGCGUCAACUACUUGGUGUCCGUGAUCUGGAUACAUGUCAGGAUUAG